AUGGCACGUGUACGUUACUCGUUGCAAGAGCUGCAGGCUCAGUACAAUGGCGGCAACCUAGCACCUUUGGAAAAGGUUAUACGUGCUUUCAAAGGCAUACAAUCUCUUCCUUGGGGUGACAAAAACUCCUUUUUCUUGAUUGGAGGGUAUCAUGGAGAGCCUUUCCACGACCCAGACUGGCCCGGGCCGGCUCCAGACACGUACUGGGGCGGGUAUUGCAACCACUACAACGUUCUCUUCCCGACCUGGCACCGAGCUUACAUGCUCCGUCUGGAAAAUGCCAUGCGAGCCAUAGCAGGUUGCGAGGAUGUGACGCUGCCGUUCUGGGACGAGUGCUUGGACUACAACACGGAUACUCCCAUCCCCGCAGUCUUGACUUCUCCCACCUUCGUUCUUGAUGGGGAGGUCAUCAACAAUCCUCUGUAUUCUUAUACCUUGCCUCAGCAAUUGAACGAUGCCACAGGCCAGGACAAUCGCUACACCAAGCACAUUGGCUAUGAGACUGUCCGCUUCCCACUAUCGGGGCUGGUCGGAACGGAGAUAGACCGGGUGCAGACUGAGCUCCAUAACUCGAAGUUCAAGGAUCCAGCAUCGAACACAGUUAUACUCAACACCAACGUCAAGAACUGGCUCAGCGGAGAGGUUGUGAUUCCCGACGAUGAUCCCAAAAACCCGACGCCAAAGCCCGACAUAUUCUCCGUGUUUUCCCUUUUCAAACAGUGUCUUAACGCCCCCAACUACACGGUCUUCUCGAACAAGCAGUCUGCAACACAAUGGGUCAUAGACAGCGGCAGCAAAGACAAGUACUUUGUGGUCUCUCUCGAGCAACCACACAACUCCAUCCAUCUCGCACUCGGCGGGUUCUACCAGAAAGGCGUCUACGACGCCGAUCCGAUCCUCGGCGCCAACGGCGACAUUGCGGAAAACAACACCGACGGUCUGGACCCCAUCUUCUUCAUGCACCACUGCUAUAUCGACUAUGCCUUCUGGACAUGGCAGAAGAAAUGGGGCAAGACGGCAAAGGGCAGCUUGGAUGUGAUAUCGGGCUACCCCGGCACCAACAGCUCCGACCCGAUGACCUCGCCGACCCCUAACAUUCCGCCCAACACCGAUCUGACGCCGCAGACACCACUGGCUCCCUUCUCGAAGGACGAUGGCACAUAUUACACAUCUGACGAUGUCACCGACAUCGAGAACGACCUGGGCUACACGUACGGGCGCGGGUCGUUGGAUCCCGUGCUUUCCGCCCCGGAGGCGAUGGCUCCCGACCCGGCGAUCGAGCGGCCCGAGAGGUUGAUCCAGGCCACCGGCAUCAACCGUGCUCAGUACCCCGGAUCGUUCGUCGUGCGCACGUACGCCAAGCUGCCCUCCGGCCAGAAGAUCGAGAUCGGCAGGGAGGCCAUCCUCAGCCGCUGGGACGUCAAGCGGUGUGCCAACUGCCAGGUCUCGCUCCCCGUGGAGGCUCUCACGCCUCUGACCGGUCCCUUGAUCGAGAUACUGAGGUCAAGGGGCGUCGACAUCGACAAGGAUUUCAAGGUCGAGGUGCACUCUCAUCAUGACUACCAUCUGACUGCUCCUCUCAUCGGAGACGGGGAUGGACCAGGGUUCCUAGUCAUUUAG